CAUUUUCUCAAUAGCUCUCAUGCAGAGCGCUGAUGGAGAACUUGUCAACAAACAAAAGCGAGUGUCAAACGUUCUUCUCAAGCUCAAAAAUGCAGACAAACAAAGUGUUUGGGAAAAAGCAAAUUGCACCUCGCAAACCAGGUCACCUGAUCUGUAGCGUCUGCAGUAAAACUUUCAGUUACCCUUCAAUAAUGGCUCGUCACAUGAAGAAACACGCCAUGACAACUAAGACACUGCUAGGCAAUGUUAAAACAAGCUUUUCAGGAAAGACCAAACUUUUGUCCCAACUUGGACUGCAAUCGAAUGCUGAGCACUCAAGCGAGAACAGCGAGCUAGCAGACAAUCUUCACAUGCCUAAUCCGAUGCAGUGGUUACCCCCACUAGAAGAUGGCGAUAAUCAGAGUAAUAGCAAGGCGUCACAGGAGUGCCAGCCUCCCAAUAUCGUCAAUCCAUCAGACCACGCACCUGUAGGUAAAAUGACAUGGCCGAUGAAUAAACACUCUGAAAAGAUCGUCAUUGACUUAACAUCUGCAUCCAGUGAGGUCUCCACAAGCUUCCAUCACAGCGAGCCAAGCAUUGCUGGUCUUGGUGAUAUGCAGGUUGGAAGCAAUGAACAGGCGUACAAGCAGUCUCAGGAUCAAUCUGAGACAGAGACAAAGACCAAGACCUCACGCAAUUCUAAACUCCCAUCGGGAUCCACAGCGAGGAACACGGCGUCCCAAUCGAGAACCCAGGAGGGGCAUUUCACCCUGUGUUCCAGCGGGAAGGCACUCAAGUGCAACUACUGCACCUUUGCCUGCCGUCGAACGUGCGGCAGGAUGAUCAAGCACCUCCAGAUUCAUGGCAUCCGCUCACGGAACCAGUGCAAAUCCUGCGGUCUUGGCUUCCUGAACAAGUCUCAACUUGAGGAGCAUCAGAAGAUGUGCAGCCAGGCCUCCCUUGCCCCGCAGUGCAUUAUCUGCGGGAAGACGUUCUCGUUUCGUUCGCUGCUGCGACAGCAUAUGAACACUCACAUCAACAGGAAACCUCACAAAUGCAAACAUUGUCCGUUGACUUUCAACUCAACGACUGCUGCGCGGAUUCACAGUCAGAAACAUCAUUGCAGCCCUAAACAAAAUGUCAUCUACCAAUGCAGUCUCUGCAGUCAAAGAUUCAGCACCAAUGAGGCGCUGGAAAGUCACUUUCGAAUCCACUUGAUUGAAAAGUCGUUCAAGUGCAAUAUGUGUGGCUUGAACUUCUGCGACGCAUCAGCAAGGUAUAACCACAUGCGCAGAGUUCAUAAGAUAUUAGAUGCCGAAGGCCUUCAAAGCAAUGAUAUUUCAUGGCAGCCAACCCAUCUGUCGAGGCCUCUUGUUGCAUCACCCCCACAGACUUCACUGCCACCGCUUUUGAGUCCUGUGAUGACCAUGCCAAUUGUUGUCUCAGUAACCAGCCAGAGCAAUAUGGACAGCCUCAACCCGGUUGAUCAGCCUCUGUCAAUGCGUGCCAAGUCAGUUGAUGGGCCUUCGGAGCUGACGGCAGGGUCACCGGAGCGGAUCGAAAACAGAUUAGACUCGUCGGCUUCAGGUCUCGUCUUCAUGAGGAAAGAGUUGAACCAAGAUGUAAGGAAUAAUCAGCCGUGGUCAGUUAGUGACUCCUCGGACCACUUGAGAUCAUCAGAGCCUCUGCCUGAAGAUGUUCCAAACCGAUCACCAGUCCUUCCGGUCAUGCUCUUGAAGAAAGAGUCGGAGGGUCAGUUUUCUUACGACAAGAAGAGGCAUCCUAGUACUAGUAGCAUCGGAAAAUCAUCUACAUGUACAAGGCCGGCAAACUUGGUUGAAGAAGAUGGGGCCGCUCAGGUGUCUCACCACCAGCAGUUUGAGCCAACAUCCACAGCUGACGAGAAUGACACCAGUGUCCCUCUAGAGGUCUACCCAGUCCAGUAUCCACACUACGUCAAUGCGAAUCCAGCAAGGAGUAACGACAACUCUCAAGGACAUUUACUUGAGAUUAGUAGAGUCAUGGGCAGCUCAUCCCCAAACGGAAGUUACGGAAGAAGCGGAGACGAGUCCAUCAAUCCGGAGUCGCCGUGUCGUGCCACGAGCACCCGGAGGUCUGUGGAUGCUCCGGAUGCCCUCCCCGGUUCCCAUCAUUGCCAUUACUGUGACAUAACGUUUGGGGAUUCUGUCUUGCAUUAUCUUCAUAUGGGAUGGCAUGUUACCGGGGAUCCCUGGAAGUGUAAUGGAUGCGGCCAAGAAUGUGCUGGCAAAGUGGACUUCUUUCUUCACUUGUACAAAGCAGGUCAUAAUUAGGAGACAGACCAUUCAAAAAUAGUGACCUCCUCCCUUAAAUCAACUUAAAUAAGAACCCAAUAGGAAUAUUGACAACCAAAAAUUAUGCUAGUUGGAAUGUAAAGUAUUUCAUUUAAUUUAUAUAUUAUAAGGAACAAGCAAUUAAGUGUGUGCUAUGGGGAUGCUAUUUUGAAACAAGUUUAAUUCUCAUCUUUUGAAUUUAUUCUUUGAAUAAUAGCUGAAGUUUGACCUCAUCCCGUAUUUAUUGAUGUGAAAUUUCUAAUAGGAUGGUCCUAUAGACCACCUUUAAAAAUGUUUAUUCACAGUUUAAUGUGUAACUGUUUUUAUAUGAAUAACGCCAAAAACUAUUAUCUCAUUACAUUGUCCUCAUUGGUAAACUUUCUUUGCAACUCCAACAGAAUUGAAGAUGUGUCUGUUUAAUACACUUUAAAAGCAUCUAUGUGUAGCUUAUUUGUAGAGUUAGGUUUUUAUAACUUCUUUUUUUACUUCUCUGAAAUUGAGAUGCAAAUAAGUGUUGUACUACUUGUUGAAUAUCCUUAGUCCUUAGUUGACCCCUGUGAUAAAAUAGAUGACAGGCAUUUGUACUUUUUACUAGAAUUUUGUUUAAACUACAGUCGAAAUUUGCAUUACUGUUUGUCAAAAUAUCAUUGACAUUAAUUUUAAAAGAAGUGUUUUUUUAUACAUCUAAAUCACCCUUCCUGACUAUCAUAAUUAAAUUCAGUCACAAGCAAUACCAAAGAUGAAGAACUGCUUUUAGCUUUUAAUACCUUUGAAUAACAAAUAUUAGAUUUUACACUUGAAUUUUAGAAGGACUAACAAAGGUCUACGUUUAACCGUAAUCUGCAAACUCUGUUUUUUUUAACAAGAAUUGAUUAUUAUAUAUUUGGUUUGCGGUAACACCAUGUGUGUACUGUGUAUUUACUUGCCAGGUAGAGAUUGUUCUUUAGACGUGUUAGAGAACUCUCUUUCUUUAUUUUACUACCGUGGAGUAGAUUUAUCGGAUGUUUGGGAGACUUCUCAGUUCUAAAAAGAACUGUCCUGCUUUUUAACUACUACCUGGGCGGAAGGUACAGAAAAUUGGCUAGGACUACAACUUUAGCUUAUAGGAUCGUGAUUAACUGUACUACCGCGGAGUCAGUUCUUGGAUUGGUCUCAACUAACUUUAUCUUUUGAUUACAAUCAAAAUUAUUUACACCAACAGCUGUAGAGAUUCAAACUUUUCGUUCAACUUUUAUUGACUUUUGAUGAAAAUUACUCAAAUACUAUGGUAUGACCUUGCCUUUAAAUGUAAAACAUACAACUCAGAAGACAGAAAUGUAAUAUAGGUUUUCUCGGUCAAAUUCGGCAAAUGAGCAGUCAAUUUCAUUUUCAUGCGUUCGAAUUAAAGCUGUU